UAAAAACACUUUCAGUGGAUUCUAAAGUCAAAUUUUAAAGACCGUUCUUAAUUAUAGAAAGAAGGGGGUCCCAAGGUGUUAUAAAUUACAUCUUAGGAGACCUUUUAUGAGACUUUUAUCUUUGCGUUCUUGCAACACAGCAGAUUAUCCUGAGGGAAUGCCAACAUUUUAUAUAAGAAUAAGUAUUACACUGCUAGAAAUAUCUACAUGUAAACCUGAGUGUAAUGUGUAGGUACAUUGUACAGGUUUUCCUAUUAAUCCUCAGAUCCAUCAUUUUAUUAUUCUUCUAUAGUGAGAGAUUUAAACAGAGAAAAAAAUGAAUAAUAUGAGGAAUGUGACAGAGAUUUCCUCUUUCACUCUUGUGGGUCUAUCAGACCAUCCACUGACCAUGAAUGGACUUUUUGUGUUCUUCCUUCUCAUCUAUCUGAUGACUCUUAUCACAAACCUUCUUAUAUUUUUAUUGGUCCUCACUGACUACAAUCUGCACAACCCAAUGUAUUUUUUUCUUGCCAACUUGGCAUUUCUGGACAUAUCCUAUCCAUCAGUGACGGCACCAAGGAUGCUCUUUGAUUUGGUCACCAAAAGAAGUUCAAUAUCCAUUCCUGCAUGUAUAACCCAAGUCUAUUUCUACCUCUCCUUUGUUUGCUCAGAAGUUUUCUUGCUCUCGGCUAUGUCUUAUGACCGAUACAUUGCCAUCUGCCACCCCCUACAUUACACACAAAUGAUGUCUUGGAGAGCCUGUACUUGUAUGGCCUCUCUGGUCUGGGUUGUAGGAUGUUCUAUCUCUUUGGUAGAUACUUUGUUUUUGCUCAGGUUGUCCUUCUGCAGAACAUCUUCCAUCCACAACUUCUUUUGUGACCUUCCACACUUAUAUCAAAUUUCAUGUAGUGACCCCUUCAUAAACAUAGUCGCUGUAUUAUUAUUAGGUGGUAGUCUAGGAUUAGGAGCCUUUCUUUUGACCUUUCUUCCCUAUGUCUAUAUCUUUAGUACCAUCCUCAGAAUCCAUAGCAAGACUGGAAAGAGGAAAGCCUUCUCCACCUGCACAUCGCACCUCACCGUGGUCUUCAUUACUUAUGUCUCCUUAAUUUUUAUUUACUUGGUUCCCUCCUCCAGUGAUAUGGUCAAUUUAUACAAACUCUUCUCAGUCAUAUCUGCCCUCAUUAACCCAUUGCUGAAUCCUCUGAUCUACAGCCUGAGGAACAAGGACCUUAUGGAGGCACUGCUGAGGUCUUAUUAUCACUUAAAAUUGACCCAGGCAUCAUUCUGAAAAUAUCAUUGUAA